UGAUGAUUGUAAAGAUUCGGCCUUGGUUGCCAAUUAAUUCUUAUCUCAUCAAGUAAAAUGAAAACAACAUUCAGCAUUUCUACAGCAUGCUAGUGACUCGCUGGCCAGUCAGUAGUAAAGCGGCCGUCGUCAAUUGCGUACGAUUCGUAACGCGCGAUUUAAUUCCACGCAACAAUAUCAAUCAUUUUCCAAUGGCUAGCGAAAUGCAACAAGUGUGGAAACGCGCAGACUGCGUUUGUUUUGAUGUAGACAGCACGGUAAUCACCGAAGAAGGAAUCGAUGAAUUGGCAAAGUUCUGCAACAAAGGCACUGAAGUAGCCAAUCUAACGAGCAAAGCAAUGUCCGGAUCCAUGACUUUUCAAGAAUCACUAAAACUGCGCCUGGAUAUUAUACAACCAAGUUUACAGCAGUUGAAAGACUUCAUUAAAACAAAACCACCAACGUUAACACCAGGAAUAAAGAAGUUAGUGGGAACACUUCAAGCUAAAAACAUUCCAAUUUAUUUAAUCUCUGGAGGAUUCAAGAGCAUUAUUGCACCAAUUGCUCAACAACUCAACAUUCCACUUGCAAAUAUUUAUGCCAAUAAGUUGAAAUUUUUUUAUACUGGUGAAUAUGCAGGUUUUGAUGAUACACAACCUACGUCCAAAAGUGGAGGUAAAGGUGUAGUGAUAAAUUUGUUAAAAGACAAGCAUAGAUAUCAAAAUCUCGUUCUAAUUGGUGAUGGUGCUACUGAUUUAGAAGCAUGUCCACCAGCUGAUGGUUUUAUAGCGAUUAUUUUUGUUAGGAUAUGGUGGAAAUGUGAUUCGUGAUGCUGUACGCUCGAAAGCCAAAUGGUAUGUGACUGAUUUUAAUGAACUUAUACAAGUUUUAAGUCUUUGAUAACAAUUUCAAUGAUUUAAAUAAAGAAUUAAGAUGAAAA